AUGAAGUAUUUAGAUGAUCUAAAGGGUAAGGUAAGCCAUACCGGAGAUGAUAUAGCCAAACAGACCAUUGAUGAAUUUGAAGAUGAUGCCUUCAUCAAGACCCCAGAUGAAAUUUAUAACUGGAAACUAAUUACCGUAGCCUUAACAGCAGCAGCCGCAGCCAUUAUCAUUGGAUAUGAUGCUGGGUUUAUUGGUGGUACUGUUGCACUAGAAUCGUUCCAGCAAGAGUUUGGGUUAGAUAAAAUGACCCCCUCGGAACGUACUACAGUCAAUGCAAAUGUGGUUUCUGUAUUCCAAGCCGGUGCGUUUUGGGGGGCACUUUUCUUUUACCCCGUUGGAGAAACCUGGGGUCGUAAAAUUGGCUUGAUUCUGUCCGGGUUCCUCUUAACUUUCGGUGCUGGUAUCUCCUUGUAUCUGAAACAAUCUACCGGUUUGGGGGCCAUCUACGCCGGUAGAGUGCUUACGGGGAUAGGCAUUGGUGGGUGUUCAGGCUUAGCACCAAUUUAUAUAUCUGAAAUAUCACCUGCUCAAAUCAGAGGCAAAUUGGUCGGAUGCUGGGAAGUCAGUUGGCAAAUUGGUGGCAUUGUUGGAUAUUGGAUUAAUUAUGGAGUUUUACAAAAUAUUCCAACUUCGAGAAAGCAAUGGAUUAUUCCGUUUGCCUUACAAUUGGUACCUUCGGGUAUUUUCUGGUUGGGGACACUCAUUAUACCCGAGUCCCCUCGUUUCUUCAUUAGUAGAGGGAAACUCCAUCAAGCUAAAGCAGUUUUGAGUAACCUUCGUAUGUUACCACCAGAUGAUAAUUAUCUUGUUCAUGAAUUCCAUAAUAUGGUUAAAGAUAUUGAAGACAAACAAAGCAGAUUAAACGGUAAAACCGGGUUCUUGGCCCCUGUGAUUAAAUGUAUCACUUCCAAAACAUUAUUAUACCGACUUUUACUAUCCACUUCAUUAUUUAUUUUCCAGAAUGGGUAUGGGAUCAAUGCCAUCACUUAUUAUUCGCCUACGGUGUUCAAAUCGUUUGGGAUUAACGGUACAGAUGCCUCCUUACAGUCCACAGGUAUUUUUGGAAUCUUAAAGGGGACAGCAUCUGUAUUCUUUGUGUUUGUUGUUGUUGAACGAUUCGGUAGAAGGGCAGCCUUAAUUUGGUUUUCAUUCCCCUGUGCAAUUUGUAUGUGGUACAUUGGAGCAUAUGUCAAGUUAGCCAAUCCAGCAGCUCGUGUGGCCAGGGGUGACAUUCAUAUGGAUGCUGGAGGUAAAGCAGCUCAAGCAAUGUUAUAUAUCUGGACCUUUUUCUAUGGUGCAUCGUGGAACGGUACCCCGUGGGUUAUCAAUUCUGAAAUCUUUUCUCAAGAAGUUAGAACUUUUACUCAAGCAGUUAAUGCUGCAUCCAAUUGGUUCUGGGCUUUUGUCAUGGGCCGUUGGACUGGUGAGGCUAUUGCUACCAUUGGUUAUAAGCUUUAUUUUAUCUUUGCCACAAUGGUCACCAUUUCACCAGUGGUAGUUUAUCUCUUCUACCCAGAAACCAAAUCUGUCCCCUUGGAAGCCAUCGAUCAUUUAUUCGAAGUGUCUGCUUGGAGAGCUAGAAAGCACGCCUUGCAACAAUUCCUGGUUGAAUAUCAAGAAGGCACUUUUGGUCAUCAACUGGAAUUCCUGCAAGAUGCUAAAGUUGUGGAAAAAGCAACUGAAGAAGAGAAGAAUAGUACCAUUUCAUCUACCAAAUUGUAA